AUGAGUCAUGGAAGAUCUAAGUCAAAGCAAGCAAGACCUAUAAAAGAUCCUACUGAAGUUUUAAACUCAAUAAAUGACCGUAUCAAUGCUCGCAAACGAAUUUUGGAAACGCUUCAAGAGCAGACUUCAGAUUUCAAAGAUGAAGUCGUUAUGCAGCUAAAAUCCAGAGAUGAUAUUAUAUCAGAAUUAUUUUGUAUUAGACUGUAUAGACUUCUAUAUCAUAUAAUUAAUUUUGCUAUAAAUUUCUAUUAAAGUAGCAUAAAUAAAGAAAUCGAAACUCUCAAACUUCCGGUGCUUAAUUUUGAUCAGCACUUAAUCGUGUGAAAUUUCCUCGACAUUAUUAGUCAAAUUAUUGUUUCAUAAACGUUUUAUAGAAAUCUGUGGUUUUUUCCUCAAGUAAUAUCUAGCUAUCAACAAAUUCAGAGUAAAUUUCCACAAGGAAAUGCCACACUAUAAACCGUUCUAAUAAAAUAAUAUGUAGUCCAAACUUCAAUUGAAAAGCAAGCCAUUAGAAAAUGUCUCCCCUAAUCAUUCUCCUAAUAAGAAGCAAAUAAUCAUUGACCUUCAAUCUGAAAAUUCUUUACUAGAAGAGAAGUUACUAGAUUUCCAAGAAAAAUAUUUCAAAGAAUCUCAAAAUUGGGCUCAUGAAAAAGAACAGUUAGAUUAGAUUAGAUUAAGCCGUUUGCCUUGCAGGGCCGGGGAUUCGCACCCCUACACACUCAUCGCUCCUGAGGAGCCUCGGCGGACACCUCCUUGUUGCCUCAAACAAGGGAUUCGCGCAACCAGUCUUGACUUCCAUGGCUUCUGGAGUCUAAGGGCCAACCACCUGGGUCGAAACUCCCAGUUUCUCGUUGGGCAAAUACCGUCUGCAGGGUCUGAGGGUCAUAUUGCCCUUCAGACAAUGGCCGACCUUGCCCUUUCCAAUGGUUGUCCUGGAGGAAAAACUUCAAGUCCGAGAAUUAGCUCUCGGGCCAAGAAAACCCAGCCCGAUCAUACAUAAAGGAUUACCGGCCCUUUCCACCUAAAUCUGCAACACUGGGCCGUUGCCUGCUGCUGUUGAAGAAAUAGGGUCGAGAGGUCGGGUGGUCUGUCGUCACCAUUUUUAUAUAUAUGGCUCAUGAAAAAGAGCAGUUAGAAAUCUUGAAUGAAGCAAUCUCAGAAGAAAUAGAGCAUUUAAAAAAUCAAAUAAAACAAAAAACUAAAGAUUCAGAAGAUGCACGGGAUGACGUGAAACAGUUAUCAGAAGUUAUAGAAAAAAUGAGUGAAAUUAAUAAAGAUCUGACAGGCAAAAUAGAAAAAUUAAAUAAUGAUUUUUCAGACUUGACUAUAAAAUCUUAUGAGUUGCAGGUCAAAGCCGCAAACGUUGAAGAACUGGAAAAUAGUUUACAGGAAUAUAUGAUUAAUUAUCAAAAAAGCCAAGAAAGUUUUUCAAAUUUGUCAGGGGCUUUGCAAAGCUAUACUCAAGAAACUUGCGAUUUUUUAAGGAUAGCACUAGAAAGAAUAAAUAGUGCUAUAAACGAAUUUAAUAAAGGAAAAAUCGAGAUAGGGGCUAAUAUGAUAACCCAUAUAAAGACUGAUAUAAUCAAUAGAAUUGAAACAAGGCCAGAGAAAAAUUAUUUCACAAAAAACUCUGAUGAAAUUAUCAAUGGCUUAAAAGACCAAAUAAAAAAAUUGGAACUUAGAGUCCAAGAAUUAGAAAAAAUUAGCAAUCCUUUGAUAAAUCAGGUUAAAGGACAAAAAGAAUUAAUAGAGCUACUCAAAAGGCAGGAACUUGAGGCUGCAGAGAUUGGCCAAAAGAAAAUCGAAGCAAUUUAUCAGCAUAAUGAAUAUUUAAAAAGCCAAUUAUACUACAUUUAUUAUUUUAAGAGUAUGCAUUAUUAAAAGGCAUAUUGAAAUCGAUAUGGCAAUAGGGCACGCAUUUUUGAACAUCAAUGAAAUAGAAUAUAGCAAAAAUAUACAAGCAUUAAGAUCGGAUUUAAAUCAAUUAGAUAAUGUAGCGAAUAAUGUUCAAGCAAAACUAAUGAGCUCAGAGGCAAAAACGAAAAAAAUUAAUGAUAAACUUGCAGCAGAGCAUAUAAUUAAAAAUCAGCUAGAAAAAUCAUUUGCAGAACUCAAUGAAAAAUAUAAAAAUCUAAAACAGAAAUUUUUUGAUUUGGAAAAUAAUAUUAAAAACGAAAAAGAUUUAUAAUGACUAAUUUUAAUUAAAAAUGUGAGCCAGUAUUUGAUAAAACUUUUAUGUUUUAAAUAAACUAAUAAAUUUUACUGAAUCAAUGCCCUUAGCCAUGAAGCUUAUGGUUAUGUAAAAAAUACGCAAAUACUAUCCAAGUUUUGCGUGAUGAGAUCUCUAAAAAAGACACAAAUGCAAUAAAAUAUAAAAAGCUCGCUUUACAGUACCAAACCCAAGCCGAAAAAUUACAGGUAAAAGUAAGUGAAUUUGAAAGUGAGCAAAAUAAAAACUUUACAAAGCAAAUGGAAAAAAAUAUAAAGGAGCUUCAAGAAAAAGAGCAACAAAUAGAAAUACUAAAAAAUGUUGUCAAAGGAAGCCAAUUGCAGGUAAAACAGAGAGAGAUCGAUAUAAGCAGAAUUAAAUCAAGAAUAGAACGCCAUUCCCCAGAACUCAGAUCUAUAGCUGACAGUCCACCACCUCAAGAUCAAAGUUUUAGACUUUCUGCUGAAAAAACUUCACAAGCUUGUCAAAUAAUUCAAAGAUUUUUCAAAAUGGCUUCAUUUAUCAAAUCAAAGCCUGCUUCAGCUAGAAAUGAGGACCCUAAAAAGCCAAGCGAGUUGAAAAGAAUGGUAAAUAAGUUGAAACAAGAAUUAAAUGGAUUUCCAACUUUCAAUACUAGGGAAUUAACUAGUAGUGUAGUAUCCCCUAGUUAGAUGAAUACAGAUGAUAAAAGUUUUAGUAAUAAAUAAUAUUAUUGAAGUUUUCAAUUAAAAAUUUAUAUUAAAAAGCAUAGAAAUCCAGCCAUAUGUAGAUUCUUCCAAAGUUUGUAUAAGUCUAGAAGAAGUUUUAACAGCUAUAGUUGCAGUUUUAGACAAAAAAAAUUAA